AUGGGAAGAGCGUUCGUGUAUGUGAUCGUGGGAGGAGGUGUUGCUGCUGGUUACGCAGCUCUCGAAUUCACAAGGAAAGGUGUCUCCGAUGGCGAACUCUGCAUCAUCUCCGAUGAACCCGUUGCACCAUAUGAGAGGCCCGCGUUAAGCAAAGGUUUUCUCUUACCAGAAGAUCCUACACGGCUUCCUUCUUUCCACACAUGUGUUGGGGCUAAUGAUGAGAUACUCACCCCAAAAUGGUACAAGGAACAUGGAAUUGAAUUAGUCCUUGGAACUCGUGUUAAGUCCGUUGAUGCGAGGAGGUUGACUCUUGUAACAAGCACCGGGGAGACUAUAACUUACAACUUUUUGAUCAUUGCAACAGGUGCCAGGGCGCUGAAGCUCGAAGAGUUUGGAGUGGAAGGCUCGGAUGCUGAAAAUGUAUGUUACUUACGAGAUCUAAGCGACGCAGACAGGCUUGCCACUGCGAUCCAAUCAAGCUCCAAUGGGAAUGCUGUUGUUAUCGGUGGUGGCUAUAUUGGCAUGGAGUGUGCUGCAUCUUUAGUGAUCAACAAAAUCAAUGUCACUAUGGUUCUUGCAGGGGCUCACUGCAUGGCGCGUCUCUUUACUCCCAAGAUUGCAACUUUCUAUGAAGACUACUACAUGGGUAAAGGAGUGAAGUUUAUCAAAGGAACUGUUUUGACAUCAUUUGAGUUUGAUUCGGAUAAAAAGGUCACGGCGGUUAAUCUCAAAGAUGGGAAUCAGUUACCAGCAGAUUUGGUCGUGGUUGGAAUCGGAAUACGACCAAACAUAAGCUUGUUUGAAGGACAGCUAAUAAUAGAGAAAGGAGGGAUAAAAGUGAACAGCCAAAUGCAGUCAAGUGAGAGCUCAGUGUAUGCAAUAGGCGAUGUAGCUACAUUCCCAGUGAAACUAUAUGGCGAAAUGAGGAGGCUAGAGCAUGUGGACUUCGCUAGGAAAUCUGCACGGCACGCAGUUUCAGCGAUCAUGGAGCCAGAGAAGACAGGAGAGUUUGACUACUUGCCGUGUUUCUACUCAAGGUUCUUUGCCUUCUCGUGGCAGUUCUAUGGAGACCAUGUUGGUGAAGUUGUGCAUUUUGGGGAGUAUGAAGACGGUAAAGUGUUUGGAGCAUAUUGGGUUAAAGAGGGUCACCUUGUUGGGUGUUUUCUUGAAGGUGGGACCAAAGAACAGUAUGAAACUAUCUCUAAGGCAACACAGUUGAAACCAGCUGUUACUGAUAUGGAAGAACUGGAAAGAGAAGGACUCGGGUUUACUCAGACAGUGGUGAGUCAGCAGGUGGUUACUGAAGUUAAGGAUGUUCCAAGCUCUGAGAUUGUGAGGCAGACAUCAAGAGUUGUGAGUCUUGUGACGGUGGAGAAGCCUUUGCAUGUAUGGCACGCGGUGACUGGAGUUGUUGUUGCUGCGUCUGUGACUGCUUUUGCUUUUUGGUAUGGUAGGAGACGUCGUAGAUGGUGAAAUAAUUCAAUGGCAGGACAGUGCCUGAGAUUUUCUCGACUAGAAGCGAGACAUUUUUUUGGCCCCUUAAAAUUUUUAACUAGAAAUUUUAAUUUAAAAAAAAUAUUAUCAUUGAAUAAUAUUAAAAAGUUUAAUCCAUAAUUUUUAAUUGGCAACUUCUAUGAUUAAUUAACAUUUUGUGACA